AACACAAAUAGUGUACUGUGCCUGUACAGUUUAUAGAUAAGGUUUAUUCAAAGUUGCCCGAAUACUACACAAGGUUACAAGAAUGGCUGGAGAAUCUACUUCUAAAAAGGGGGGUGCAAUAUGGCUUAAGAACAUGUGUGGGAUGACAGUCACUGAUGCUGAAAUGGAGGACGUUUCCAAUCCCAGACUUGAGCUACUUGUCCAUAUAAGCACCAAGACCAUUCAAAUGGGAGCUUUGUUCGGAAUGCUAGCAAUUGGACCAGUCACUCAACUUGUUAAAGGUCCUCGAACAAUACAGGCAAUAGCACAUAGAGCCCUGAAAUAUGGCGCAAACGGCAUAAUAAUUGGCGCAGCUGCUGGGCCAGUGGUGACAUAUGGAUCAUCAAGAAAAUUUGAAUAUGAAAAUUAUUAUGAUCGCUCCUACAGGCUUCGGUAUAACAGGGGACAAGUGAUUACAGAUCGUAUGUGUUAUUUUGGUAUGGCUAUUGGUGCGGGGGCAGGAUAUGCAACGGGGAUUGGAAUACUACCUGGGAUUGCACUAGGAGUUGUGGUAGGCACAAGUGGAAGUGUAUUUGCACCUGGUAAAGGCUGUAGUCAAGACAACAACAAGACUAAGGAAUCCGUCCCUGUAAAAACUGAAGAUAACAAGGAUGCAUAAAAUACACCUUCAAAACUGACUGGAUAUAGGGUACAUCCUUAGGGAUAUAUUUACAUCUAUAUAUAGUUAGUUUUAUAACUAUACAUGUAUAUAGUUAGUUUUCAAAAAAAAGAUUAUAGCUAAAUAAGGUUUCCAUGCAUAAUUAUCUCUGGUUCUUUAUGUUUAAAGCUAUGGGCGUUUGUUCCCAAGGUCUGAUUUCAAAUCCCACUAAGGAAAUAUAUUUUUGUUUUCUUUCAUUUUGAACCACAAGUAAACUUUUUGUUUUCAAGGGUUUUGAGAUGAAAUCUAUCUGAUUGGUGAAAGAGAGGACCAUAGUUUUGACUAUUAAAUUUGCAAUACUUUGUCUGUUAAUCAUGGAAUUUGAUAAACAUGAAUAUUUUUCGAAUAAUUAAGCCUCGUUUCAUUUAUAUACAUGUAUAAGUCUUCAGGUUAACAAAACAACCAAUAAACUUGGAAAACAUAUUUCUCUAAUAUCAAUGUUUAUUUUGGAAUAAAGUACCAAAAUUGUCAGCAUCUACAUGUGCAUCUAGUACAUUCAACCAUUCCCAUAAACAGCAGAUUUCAUUUCAAUUAUGGUGUAAACAUUGUGAAGAAUAAGUGGAUAAAUACGACUGUUCUAUCAGGAAACAAGCCUUCAUAUCACAUAAGUACAUUGUUAUGCAAGUUGGGCCAAAUUGCACAUAUAUAAAGUGCUAAUAAAUUAACC